AUGUGGCUGUGGACGCUGGUGCUGGCCCUGGUGGCGGCCGUGGCACAGGCUUCCCAUGUGCUGGACCUUACGCAGACUGCAGACUAUGAUGCUGUCGUCGGCAAGUCGGCUGGCGCCAUGGUGGAAUUCUUUGCGCCCUGGUGCGGUCACUGCAAGCGUCUGGCGCCUGAGUACGAGAAAUUGGCGGAUGCGUUUGCGAAGAAGAAAGACAAGGUCGUCAUUGCCAAGGUCGAUGCUGAUGCGAAUCGCGAGCUGGCUGAUCGCAUCAAAUUGAGCGGCUUCCCCACGCUCAUGUACUUCCCACCCAACUCGCAGCAAGGCGUGCCGUACAACGGCCCUCGCACGACCGAGGCGCUUGCUGAUUUUGUGACGCAACAGUCACAGAUCAAGAGCAGUAUGCCGCCACCUGCUCCUCCCGCUGCCAUUGAACUCAACGUCGACAACUUCAACAGCAUUGUGGAAAAUCCUGACCUCGACGUGCUCGUGGAGUUUUAUGCUCCUUGGUGCGGCCACUGCAAGCGUCUGGCGCCGAUCUACGAGCAGGUCGCGCGCGUGCUGGAGCGCGACUCGCAUUGCGUGAUGGCCAAGAUCGAUGUAGACGAUCCCAAGAAUGCCGAGAUCCGCACGCGCUUCCAGAUCGCCAGCUUCCCGACCCUGUCUUUCUUCCCGGCUGGGUCUUCCGACAAGUGGCCUCGUCCGUACCUCAAGGAGCGCACGGCCGAGGAGCUGCUUGCGUUUAUGAACGAGAAGUGCGGUACGUUCCGCACACUCGAGGGCACGCUGACGCCGCUCGCCGGCCGCCUUCCGAAGCUCGAUGGCCUCGCCGCUCGCUUUUACGCGGCCGUGACCGAGGCGGCCCGUGGCACCCUCCUCGACGAGGUGAAGGCCUAUGUGCAGGAACUCAAGGACCAUGUGUCGUCCACGCGCAAGGCCUCGGCGGCUGAUUACUAUGUGCGUGUCCUCGAGCGUAUCCUGCGCGACGGCACCGAGUACGUGAAGCGCGAGCAUGAACGCUUGUCCAAGAUGCUGUCUAAGCAGGCGCAAGGCCUGUCGGCCUUGACCGGCGAAAAAAUCGACGACAUUACGCGCAAAAUCAACGUGCUUUCAGCCGUCAUGAAUGAGCGCAUUGCCAAGGCUGCUACCAAGGCGACACAGGACGCGUCGUCAGCCGCCGCGGAGGCAACGGCCUCGUCGUCCGCGCACGACGAGCUGUAG